AUGGCUGCAAAGCCCGGCCUUCGCACCGUCCAGCGCACAACAGUGCGAAGAGUGUCUUCUGGGACCGGAGGGGGACCUAGCCCGGCUGAAUCAGGUGGCGCACCCAAAUUCCCCGGAUGGCAAAUAGGCGUGGCUGGCGGAGUCGCCGUCGCCGGUCUUUACGCAUUCUUCAUCGCGAAGCCAGACGCUGUUGCCAAGUCCUCGGUACCUACAAACCAAACGAAGAACCCGAAGCAGUCGCAAGACAAAUAA